GGCGUACCGGCCGUGACGUCAUGCCGACCGUGCUGGGGCUGGAGGGCUCCGCCAACAAGGUGGGGGCGGGGGUGGUGCGGGACGGCGCCGUCCUCAGCAACCGCCGCGCCACCUACGUCACGCCGCCGGGACACGGGUUCGCCCCCGGCCCCACCGGGCGGCACCACCGGGCGGCGGUGCUGGGGCUGGUGCGGGACGCGCUGCGGGAGGCGGGAGUGGAGCCGCGGGAGCUGGACGGGGUGGCGUUCACCAGAGGGCCGGGCAUGGGCGCCCCGCUGGCGGUGGUGGCGGCGGUGGCGCGGACGCUGGCGCAGCUCUGGGGGCGCCCCCUGCUGGCCGUCAACCACUGCGUGGGGCACAUCGAGAUGGGGCGGCUGCUGGGGGCCGCCCCCGACCCGCUGGUGCUCUACGUCAGCGGCGGCAACACACAGGUGAUCGCCUACGCGCGGCGCCGGUACCGGAUCCUGGGCGAGACGCUGGACGUGGCGCUGGGCAACUGCAUCGACCGCCUGGCGCGGCUGCUGCAGAUCCCAAACUCUCCCAGCCCCGGCUACAACGUGGAGCAGCUGGCCAAGAGGGGCCGCCGCCUGCUCCCGCUGCCCUACGUGGUCAAGGGCCUCGACGUCUCCUUCUCGGGGCUGCUCUCCCACCUGCAGGCCGUGACCCCGAAGCUGCUGCAGUCGGGGGAGGCGACCCCGGAGGAUCUCUGCUUCUCCCUGCAGGAGACGGCGUUCGCGGCGCUGGCCGAGGUCACCGAGCGGGCGCUGGCGCUGACCCGGGCGAGACACCUGCUGCUGGUGGGGGGCGUGGCCUGUAACCACCGCCUGCAGGAGAUGCUGCGCGCCAUGUGCCACGCCCGGGGGGCGGAGCUCUGCCCCGUCGACGACAGGUACUGCAUCGACAACGGCGCCAUGAUCGCCCAGGCCGGGUGCGAGAUGCUGAGGGCGGGGCAGGUGACAGAGCUCAGCCAAUCAGGGAUCACGCAGAGGUACCGGACGGACGAGGUGGAGGUGACCUGGCGGGAUUGAGGCGGCCACGCCCAAGAUGGCCACACCCACCUAAUAAAAUAUUCAUGACCCC